UAAAAUUUACGGGCAGAGCUCAUAGAUAGGAUUUCUUGAUCUUCAAUUAGGGCUUUACACAAACUUGGCGGCUCCUCCCACUCUCCUCCAAUCCCUCAAACCCUAGGCUAGAAUUUUGUUCACUUCAAUCUGCAAUCAUGGGGAAGACACGGGGUAUGGGAGCUGGUCGCAAGCUGAAGUCCCACCGCAGAAGACAAAGGUGGGCUGACAAGGCGUAUAAGAAAUCCCAUCUUGGGAACGAAUGGAAGAAACCUUUUGCUGGGUCAUCGCACGCAAAAGGCAUCGUCCUUGAGAAAAUAGGCAUCGAAGCAAAACAGCCAAACUCUGCUAUUCGUAAAUGUGCUAGGGUUCAACUCAUUAAGAAUGGCAAGAAGAUUGCUGCUUUUGUUCCCAAUGAUGGUUGUUUAAACUACAUCGAAGAAAACGAUGAAGUUUUGAUUGCUGGAUUUGGACGUAAGGGACAUGCUGUCGGAGAUAUUCCCGGUGUUAGAUUCAAGGUGGUGAAAGUAUCUGGUGUCUCUCUCCUUGCCCUGUUCAAGGAGAAAAAAGAAAAGCCAAGGUCUUAGUUUGCUGGUGAAAUUAGUUCGUCUAGAAAUUUUGAUACCUCUUAAGCAUGACGGACGCGUGAUAUGUAGUUUGCUGGAUUUUAUUGCCUAUUUUCUUUUAACUUACCGUAUCAGAAUUUGUGCUGCUGUGUUCUGAUAUUUAGAUAAUCAUUUUCCUCUCUCUCUCUC